UGCUGGGGCGGCACCACUGAUGGUGCUACCUGGGAGAGCAAUGGCCACUUUCCGCUUGGCCCUCAUCCAGCUUCAGGUUUCUUCCAUCAAAUCAGACAACCUCAUGCGAGCCUGUGGCCUCAUUCGGGAGGCAGCAACCCAAGGAGCCAAAAUCGUUUCUCUGCCAGAAUGCUUCAAUUCUCCAUAUGGCACGAAAUAUUUUCCUGAAUAUGCUGAGAAAAUUCCUGGUGAAUCUACACAGAAGCUUUCUGAAGUAGCAAAGGAGUGCGGUGUAUAUCUCAUUGGAGGUUCCAUUCCUGAAGAGGAUGCUGGGAAAUUAUAUAAUACCUGUACCGUGUUUGGUCCUGAUGGCACUUUACUGGUAAAGUACAGAAAGCUCCAUCUGUUUGACAUUGAUGUUCCUGGGAAAAUUACAUUUCAAGAAUCUAAAACGCUGAGUCCUGGUGAUAGUUUCUCCACAUUUGAUACUCCUUACUGCAGAGUGGGCCUGGGCAUCUGCUACGACCUGCGCUUUGCAGAGCUCGCCCAGAUCUACGCCCAGAGAGGCUGUCAGCUGUUGGUAUAUCCUGGAGCUUUUAAUAUGACCACUGGACCAGCCCACUGGGAGUUGCUUCAACGAGGCCGGGCUGUUGACAAUCAGGUGUAUGUGGCCACAGCAUCUCCUGCCCGGGAUGAUCAAGCGUCAUAUGUUGCCUGGGGACACAGCACUAUUGUGAGUCCUUGGGGGGAAGUCCUUGCUGAAGCCGGCACCGAGGAGACGGUCAUGUGUUCAGACAUAGACCUGAAGAAGUUGGCUGAAAUACGCCAGCAAAUCCCCAUUUUUAGCCAGAAGCGAUCAGACCUCUAUGCAGUGGAGGCGAAAAAGCCCUAAGGUUUAUGUUUCUAACAUGUCACAAACAGGAGGAUAUGGUCCUGCAAUGUAAUCCAUUCCCUGCUGAAUUCUUGAAAGAGAUUUUUUUUUUUUUUUUUAA